GUGACGCUGGACAGGAACAAGAAACAGGAGACGCACCAGUGGUAUCUUGCUGCAGUCAGUCAUAAAGUGGAUUGUAUUUACCGUAAUACACCGCAGUCGAGAUGGCAAACCGAAACCUGAAGCAUGUAAACAUCCAGAACAGCUCGACAUCCCCAAAGCCGCAGAAUACCAACCGCAACACGGAGUCUCCGUCCUCGGAGCGCGUGCAGAAGAUGGAGGGAGCGACGCCAUCGCCUAAAGUGACGAGUCCGCAGCCGGAGGCAGAAAGCAGCGGCGAGCCUCGGGAGGUGACUGUAGACCUGAAGAGCUUCAGGAAACCGGGGGAGAAAACAUUCACACAGAGGUGCAGACUGUUUGUCGGUAAUCUUCCCACUGACAUUACCGAGGACGACUUCCGAAAGCUGUUCCUUAAAUAUGGCGAGGCGAAUGAAGUGUUCAUCAACAGAGACAGAGGCUUCGGCUUUAUCCGACUGGAAACAAGGACAUUAGCAGAGAUUGCCAAAGCAGAGUUGGAUGGAACAGUGCUGCGGAACAGGCCAAUACGCGUCCGGUUUGCCACACACGGAGCUGCUCUCACAGUUCGAAACCUUUCAUCAGUCGUUACAAAUGAGCUCCUGGAGCAGGCAUUUUCACAGUUUGGGCCAGUGGAGAGGGCAGUUGUGGUAGUAGAUGAUCGUUGCAGACCCACAGGUAAAGGCAUUGUCGAGUUUGCCAAUAAACCGGCUGCACGAAAGGCUCUCGACCGCUGUGCUGAUGGAGCCCUUUUACUUACCACAUCUCCACGACCAGUUAUUGUUGAACCUACAGAGCAGUUUGAUGAUGAAGAUGGCCUGCCAGAAAAAUUAUUGCAAAAGUCAUCCCAAUAUCACAAGGAAAGGGAGCAGCCACCACGCUUCGCCCAGCCAGGCACCUUUGAGUUUGAUUACUCGUCACGUUGGAAGGCUCUUGACGAGAUGGAAAAGCAGCAGCGGGAGCAGGUGAACAGGAACAUCCAAGAAGCCAAGGAGAAACUGGAGGCUGAGAUGGAGACAGCAAAACAUGAACACCAGCUCAUGAUGAUGAGACAAGAUCUAAUGCGCCGUCAAGAAGAGUUGCGAAGACUGGAGGAACUAAGAAACCAGGAGCUGCAGAAGCGCAAACAGAUGGAGAUGAGGCAUGAGGAAGAGAGGCGGAGACGUGAGGAGGAAAUGAUGCGCCACAGGGACCCGGACGAUAUGAGGCGUCAGCCGGAUGCUUUUAAACCUGGCUUCAUGGAUAAUAGAGAACAGGAUAUGAGAAUGAGUGAAAUGGGUGCCCGUGGAGCCGUUAAUAUGGGAGAUUCUUUUAAUCCUGCCGCUGCUGUUAGUGGUAACCAGGGCCCUGCUCAAAUGAUGAGCAUGGGCAUGUCAGGCCGGGGUGGAGCCAUGGGGCCAGAGGGAUCGUCAAAUAUGGGGUCACCCCUCAUUCAGGAUAACGGAAAUAUGCGUAACGAAAGAUUUUCUCAGGGAGCACCUGCUCAGAUGGGUUCGUCCAUGGGUAUUCGACCAGGUGUUGAUUCUCCCCAGCAGCAACAGUCACCUGUGAUUGGUGGCGCAGGACCUGUGCCUCCUAUGGGGGGUCCAGGUGGAUUUGGGCGAGGAAAUCCUGUUGGGGGAAACUUUGAUGGGCCCAACAACAAGCGACGUAGAUACUAGGCUUUUAUUUAUUCUUUAACUAUAGUAAAUUAUAGUCCCUGAUCCAAAAUACCUAGCCUCCUGUUUAUAGAUAAUAUUCAUUUUCAUGUCCUUUCCAAUAGCUCUCGGGCAACUGUCAGCGUUGACUUUUGUCCUAUGUAUCUGACACACAACAUUAAACCAGUUUUGAAUAUGGAAUAUGAACAUAGCUCUGUUUUGAGACUGACAUUGCCUUAACUGUGCAUAUGCUGUAGGGAAAUUUAGAUUUAUUUUUAUUUUUUUCAGAUAGAGCUUUAGAAAGGUUGCAGUGCUUCUGCUUAGUCUUCUUUUACACCUUGGGUUUUGUUAUAAAAUCAUUUAAAGCUUAAAUUUAAUAGAUCUGCUUAAAGACUAUCUUGUUGAACUACGAUAUAGUUCCGAUUAAAAAAAUAAUAAUUCACAGGUUAUCUGAUUAAAUGGGAUGUGAAAACUUGAUUUUUCUGUGUAGUUCAUCGUGUUCUAUUUCUGUCAUUCUAUGAGACAAGACAAAAUUAAUAGAAUGAGAUCAAUACAGCGAUUUUUGGUUUCCUGGCUUUUGUAUAUGCACAGUGAAAAGUGGCAAUAUCUGUAUUAAACAGAACCCAAUAAAUUGAUCAGGAGAAAUCUGCUUAUAUAAGAACCUAGGAUUUGCAAAAAGCUAAAUUCAGGUCACCUUUCUUUUCUGUGGAAGAAAAAUACCCAUACACUAAUUAUUAAAAGUGUAUUGUUUACAGCAUGCUUUAUAUGCCCUUUCCUGCCUUGAGGUUUUAAGUAUCAGUUACAUAUAACUUUAACUUUAGAUCUCUUGUUUUUAGGUAAAUGUUUUUUUUUCUUCUUUUCUCACAAGAUCAUGUUGCUUGGGUCUCCUACUUGUACAACAUCUGAUUUACUGUGAUUUGGGUUUUAGACUACUUCUGGUAAUAGUGAUAGUGUGUCACGUAGAAUAUGCAUGACUUUUAAAAGCCGUUUUUAUUUUAGUAAAUAUUAUAAAUGUCUGCGUGUUUUUCCUUUUUCUGAAAUGGCAGUUCUUGAAUAAAAUUGCUUAAAAAGUUA